AUGUCAAUUCUGCUCCAAAGAAAACAAGCGCAAGCAGGAAGAAGAGUGGUAGUCAGAAAAGCUGGAGAAGUAGAGAAGGGUAAAGAUGCCUGUCUCAGCUGUGCUUGGGAAGUAGACCUCGAGGGUCAGAAGAUACGGAUAUCAUUCUCACGUGACAACCUGCAUGUAUGGAUUACUGGAGAUCCAGUGGAUACGACCGCCUACAUCAGUGACCACAAAUACGACCUUGACCUUGAUUUCGAGAUCUGUCCUGGAUACAGAGGUCAUAUAUUCAGCGAUGUCAAUGACAAUCGCACGGAGAUCAAGAAUCAUUUGUUCAUCAACGAGCAGAAAUUUGCCGAAACUGUCCUCACGUAUUCGAAAAAUUCAGAACACUUCAAGAACAUACGGAAAGGUCGAUAA